ACAAACGUUAACCCCAAAGUUGGUAUAGACAUAGAAUAUCACCCUUCUCCACAAUGACCACUUAGCUAAUCUCUCCUUCUUGUCGUUUUUCACUGUUAAACCAUCAUUAAUUCUUAAUUCUCUUCUAAUCUUCUUGUUCUACUCACCAUAAUCUUUCGAAUUUGUCAACCUACAUUCUUUAAAAUUAAAAAUAAAACAAGAAAAAGGGUACUGCAUUUGAUCAAGAAAAGGAAAUGUUCAGGUUGCACAAGACUAAGCCAGCAAAAUCAGGAGAAAGAAUUGAUUUCAAGUUUUCUCAGUUUAAAGUAGUUCAGGUGCCAAAAGGAUGGGACAAGUUGUUUGUGUCAAUAGUUUCAGUAGAGACUGGAAAAACUAUUGCCAAGUGUAGUAAAUCAUCAGUUAAAAAUGGGAAUUGUAAUUGGACGGAUACUGUUUCAGAAUCUAUUUGGAUUGAUAGUCACUCUUUCAAGGAACUUCAAGAUUGCCCCUAUAAGCUUCUUGUUGCCAUGGGAUCUGCUAGAUCUGGCAUUCUUGGAGAGGCUUUAAUAAACAUGGCAACAUACAUGAGUGCUAGUGACUCUGUUUUACUUUCAUUCCCUCUCAAAAAGUGCAAUCAUGGGACUAUUUUACAAUUCAAGGUUCAAUGCUUGACACCAAGAACAAACCUUAGAAAUAAUGAAUUAGAAGGUAUUAAUUCCAACAAGCAAGAACCUAAUUCAGAUUCCAAGAUUCCAGAAAUGAAGUCAGAGGAAUCUGAUAAUUCAAUUGAAAAGAGUUCAAGAUCUUACUCUAGUAAAGAUUUGGGCUCAAUUAUUCAUCAAGAAGAUCAAGAAACUAAGGAAUCUAUUUUUCCUACUUCGGAUUCACAGCACAGCUAUAAUUCAGAAGAGACUAAUUCCAUGGAAAAAGAAGAGCCUAUUAACUCCGAAAAUAGUGAACUGCCUCGAAAUUCAAAUGCCGACAAUGAUUCUCAUUCGUCGUUUAAGUCGCGCAUUACGCAUUCAGACAGUCUUUCACAGGAUGAUGUUGCUGCUACGCCGUCUUUAAAAUUUUCAGGAUCUUCUAGAAGCUUACUUGAAGCUGCUGAAGUUACUAUCGAAGAGCUUCAAGGUGAAGCUAAGAUGUGGGAGCGGAAUUCCAGGAAGUUGAUGCUUGAUUUGGAGUUACUGAGAAAAGAAUAUUCUGAACAGUCUAAGAAUCAGUUAGAUUUGUCUGUUGAGCUUUCUGAAGCAUCUGCAGAGCGCGAUGGAUUGCAGAAAGAAGUUGAACAGCUAAAGCUGUUCCUGGAGAAAUCGACGGAAAAACCAGAAUCUUUUCAGGAUUCAGAAUUUAAAGAUAAAGGCAAAGAUUAUGUUAUAGAAGAACUGCGAAACGAGAUUAAGUUUCAGAAAGAAUCUAAUGCUAGUCUGAUUUUGCAAUUGAAUCGUACUCAGGAUUCAAACGUGGAGCUUGUUUCGGUUCUUCAGGAAUUGGAAGAAACUAUAGAAAAGCAAAAGGCUGAAAUGAAGAAUCUUGUCAAGAAUCAAGAAUCAGAACAGCUUUUGCAAGCUAAAGUGCAAGAACUUGAAAUUCAAAGCUUGAAAGCAAAGUUAUCAGAAUUGGAGUCUGUAGAUGAAUCUACUAGAAAUCUGAUGGAAGAAUAUGAAUCACUAAAAGCAAAAAUGCAAGAGCUUGAAAGAGACUGUCAGGAGCUAACAGAUGAAAAUCUUGAGCUCUUGGUCAUGCUCAAGGAAAUGAAGAACAGACCCGCAGAAGGAGUUGUAUGUUCGAGCAUUUCCACGUUUGAAGCUAGCGAGUAUGGAUCGGUAAUCCGUGAUCUUGAAGAAAAGAUAAGAGAGAAAGUUCAAAAGGAAAUUGAAAAUGAUCAAAAUCUUUCUGUUCAAGAAUUUCAGAACCUGAAACUUGAGCUAGAACACAAAGUUACCGAACUUUCCGAGACAUUGAAUGAUAAAAGAGGGGUGAUUGAAAGAUUGGAAGGUGAGAUUUCUUCUGUUCGAAAAGAAAAGAUUCAAAUAGAGGAGAAGAUUGAAAUUUUAAUUAGAGAAAAUGAAAUUGCUACAAAAUGCAUAAAUGAAAAUGGCAAGUGGGAAUUGGAGAUUCAUGUAUCGGAGCUGGAACAGGAAAAUGAAGAGUUAUCAGCUUGCAUAUCUGUCAUGGAAGCUCAAAUAAGGAACUUGACAGAUGAUAGAUAUUCCUUAGAAUCGGAGCUCGAGAAUUACAAAUCGAAUGCAGGAAUUCUUCAAGAUGAGAUUACAAGACUACAAAAGGAGAUAGAGACAGAAAAGGAAAAUGCAAAACUGGAACUAGAAGCCAAUUCUGAGAGUCAUAUGGAAGAAUGCAGAUUACUUCAGGAAUCAAACGAAGAGUUAAAAAUCCGAAAGGUCGAGUUGGAAGAACAAUGCAACCAAUUCGAGACAAAAUUGUCGGAGUCACACAGAACUUUAACGGAUUACGCGAAGAAGGUUGAUCAAUUAGAACAAAAUAUUUGUUCAUUGUUAGAACAAAGUGCAUCAAAAGAGAGAAGUCUAAGUUCAGAAUUGCAUUUGCUUCAAAACGGAAACGAGGAGCAGAACAAGAAACUUGGAGUAUUAAAUCAGAUGUACGCAGAUAAGAUGAUUCGAGUUGAGAAUCUUCAGCAGGAGAUUGAAGAUCUUACUAUGCAACUCUCUGCAGCUCGAGAUGAAAAAGAGAGGGUAAUGUCGGGUACUGCAAGUGAAAUAUCCGAUUUACAAGCAAAACUAUCUAAGCUAGAAUUGGAUAUAAACAGAAUACAUAUAGAAUCAAAUACGAAGAUCCAAGAUUUGACAGAUGAGCUUGUGUCUUCAAAAGAACACCAAGAAAUACUAAAAGCUGAUAAUGGAAAAAUGUCGAAAAUAUCGGAGAAUUACAAGUCUCGUGAAGAAAGAAUGAAAACUUCUCUUAAUGAUCUUGAAUUAAAGCUUACAGUUUCGGACUACGAGAGGCAACAAUUGAUGGAAGAAUGUACAGAAUUGAAGGCUCAGUUGCUGAAAAUGGAGUUUCUUGCGGAUGAAGUUAAAGAUUUGAAGAGUGAACUGAAAAAAAUCAAAUCCGAAAAAGAGAAACUAGAAGCUUCAUUGAAUCUAAAAUCGGAAGAAUGUACAGAACUGACGACAGGGAAGAAUUUAUGCAUCGAAAAGAUCAUUGAAUUGCAGAAAACAGUUUCAGAACUAGAAGAUUGCAGACAAGAUAAAGUUUCCAUAGAAGAAAAGCUUCAGAAAUUGGAGAAUGAACUUAUAGAAAAAGAGGCAUUAUGUGAACAAGACGCGGAGGUUAAAAAUGAAAUGAAUCGAAUCAAGAGAAUAAACAAACAACUUCAACAGCAGAAUCAACAGCUUGAGGAGGAGAAACAAAAGUGCAGAACAAGAACUCAAUCACUCGAAGAAGAAUUGAUCGUGGCGAAGGAAAAACAACGCAGCCUGCAGCGCGAGUCGAGAACUAUGAAUUCUUAUUCGAAUUCUCCUAGUAAUCAACAUCAAAGAGAAUUGCUUGAGGAUGAACUAUCAAAAUCAAUGGAGGCAAAUAAUAAUGCAUAUAAAGCUCAUGCUAAAAGAUUAAGCUCGGAAGGACGAAAAGGGUGGACAGGAUCUCCAAGAAAAUCAAAACCGGAUAACGAAUUCGUACCGAAAGAAAAAUUCGAACGCACGAAAUCGUCAUUAGAGGCAGAGUUAAAAGAUAUUCGAGAGCGUUACUUGGACAUGAGCCUAAAAUAUGCUGAGGUAGAAGGCCAAAAGGAGGAGCUUGUAAUGAAGCUCAAGACAUCUAACAGUGGAAAAAGAUGGUUUUAAUGAAUUAAAUCAAUGAUUCUUAUGAAAUAAAACUAAUACAAAAUUUGCUGAUAGAAUAUACUGCAGGUAUGUUUCUGAUAAUAAAUUGCAGUAUCAAAUGAAUCAAUGAAAAAAUUAAAAGGAUAUUAAUUUUUUCCUGGAUAAGUUUUGUAAAUGCUUCUCUGUAGUAACAUGUUUUGUUGGACUUGGAAGAGCAAUAAGAGAAAUAUUUUUGUGUUAA